AGUGCGGGACCUAGUCCAAACAGAAGCUGAAGCCGCAGGUGCUCAAGACACUGAUGAAGAAGAGACUGAUCGUAGUAGUGCUUCUCGUAGCAGUGCUUCUCGUAGCAGUGCUUCUCGUAGCAGUGCUUCUCGCAGCAGUGCUUCUGAACAAGAACACGGCCGAGCAGGGAGUGCUGGUCAUGCUUCUCGUAGUGGUUUUUCUGAACAAGAACACGGCCGAGCAGGGAUUGCUGGUCAUGCAGUUUUUAGUACUGGAAUUUCUGGUGAUUCCCCUCCUCACGCACCUGCUUCAUCUGGUCUUCAAGAAGACGGAGGUUCUGCUCAUGUCCAAGACGUCGUCGGUGGUAGACGUAGAAGAGGAACAAAUGGUGCAACGCCUGCCACAUCCGAGGAACGAGCCGGAGCCCCUUCUACAACUGACAACCAAACCGGACCGUCUUUGACCAGGCACAACGAAAACAGAAGCCCUCGUACUCCAACCUCUUGGCGUCGUCGUUUCUUCAAAAACCUGUACAAGAACAUCAAUAACUACAAACUUAUCUGCAACAAAUGGAAAAGAGUAGUCGGACGUCGUUGUACUCUUAAGGGUCGUUUCCUCCACUCACUUUUUCCUCCUGCACUACCAUUCUUGGCUUGUUUCCCAAAUUUAGGCAAGAAGUCAGGGAUGUUCUGAAGAAUGCAAUAGCGCAACCUCUAAUAAUCGCAACUCUUUCAGACUGCAUACGCUUCUGCCCAUCCUUUGGAGGACUCGGAGUCUUUUUCAUCUGUUCAUGCCGCGUUCGUGUGGUAUUACCAAGCGGUGGAAUGAACUUGCGCCAAGAAUUCUUUAUAGUACCACAGGAGACGAAAUAAAUGGUUAUGCUUAUGGUGACUAUAACUUUGGAAGAAUUAAUAUUUGACUAACUUUUAUUUGGAUCAUUCUGGUAAGAUAGGAGCAAAUAAUGUACUUGAUACUAGAUAACCACUCACAACUUGUCUUGAACUCAGUGUAGUAAAACCAGGAAUGAACAAACUUCUUGUACUUGUACCAGAAGUUCUUGGGGAAAAUAUAUCAAGAAUCUACGUGUGACUUGUGAGCAGGUGCCGGCGGAGCUCGAUGUGAUGGAUCCACAACCUAGCCUAAUCUUUGCAUAGUAGUCUAUGCUGCGACUUCUGCUAUUAAUUGCGUUCAUCAUGCGUUGUCCAGACGAGAGCUUGCCAGGUACCUUUUACUGCAAGAAUGGGGUUUGGUAGCCAUGGCCAUGGCAAUAGCCGCUUCGUUUAUCACAAUACUAGCGGAGACUUGGUACAUGGCUUUCCUUUAAGGGUUUCCAUCGAAUUGCACUCCUGGGCUUUUUGUUUCUAGAAGAGACUAUUCUCGGCUUUUCUAGAAGAGACACACAUACCAGGCUAUCCUUGGCUUUUGGUUUCUAGAAGAAAAUAAGAAGUCAAAAAAGAAGAUGGUCCUCCGAGGAAUCUGUUCCUCUCAUCCUGUGUGAAAUAUUUUUCUCCAACUAUCUAAAAGUUUGUAGCAAGGUUAAUAUAGUUGUUCCCUAACUACAAGAACAAGAACCUGUUCUAAUUCCUGUCACACCGCCAACCGUUUUGCUUCGUACCGAUUUCGGCUCGAGAGCGGGAAGACCUCUACGAUCUGUGGUCGGAAAUAGAUGAAUUCAGCAACCUAGGGUUUCGUGCCGAAGCGUCCGCAGUUUGUCAGAGGGCGAUUGAACAACUCGACAGGAGUCCUUUCACACGUAUGAUUCUCUCCUGGGCUGCGCGGGACGACUUUGCCUUCAUAUUCGG